CUCGCUGACAUCCUCAAACCCGGCUGCUCCGCGCUGGGCUCGGAGGGGGCGGCUGCGGGUGGAGGUGCGCUUCUGACAAGCCCGAAAGUCAUUUCCAAUCUCAAGUGGACUUUGUUCCAACUAUUGGGGGCGUCGCUCCCCCUCUUCAUGGUCGGGGGCAAACUUCCUCCUCGGCGCCGCUUCUAAUGGAGCCCCACCUGCUCGGGCUGCUCCUCGGCCUCCUGCUCUGUGGCACCGGGGUCCUCGCCGGCUACCCAAUUUGGUGGUCCCUGGCCCUGGGCCAGCAGUACACGUCCCUGGGCUCUCAGCCUCUGCUCUGCGGCUCCAUCCCAGGCCUGGUCCCCAAGCAACUGCGCUUCUGUCGCAAUUACAUCGAAAUUAUGCCCAGUGUGGCCGAGGGUGUGAAGCUGGGCAUCCAGGAGUGCCAGCACCAGUUCCGGGGCCGCCGCUGGAACUGCACCACCAUAGACGACAGCCUGGCCAUCUUCGGGCCCGUCCUUGACAAAGCCACCCGCGAGUCGGCCUUUGUGCACGCCAUCGCCUCUGCUGGCGUGGCCUUCGCAGUCACCCGCUCCUGCGCGGAGGGCACCUCCACGAUCUGCGGCUGCGACUCCCAUCAUAAGGGACCGCCCGGCGAGGGCUGGAAGUGGGGCGGCUGCAGCGAGGACGCCGACUUCGGGGUGCUAGUGUCCCGAGAGUUCGCGGAUGCGCGUGAAAACAGGCCAGAUGCACGCUCAGCCAUGAACAAGCACAACAACGAGGCGGGCCGCACGACCAUCCUGGACCACAUGCACCUCAAGUGCAAAUGCCAUGGGCUGUCGGGCAGCUGCGAGGUGAAGACCUGCUGGUGGGCCCAGCCCGACUUCCGCGCCAUCGGUGACUUCCUCAAGGACAAGUACGACAGCGCCUCGGAGAUGGUGGUGGAGAAGCACCGAGAGUCCCGCGGCUGGGUGGAGACGCUGCGGGCCAAGUACGCGCUCUUCAAGCCGCCUACGGAGAGGGACCUGGUCUACUACGAGAAUUCCCCCAACUUUUGCGAGCCCAACCCCGAGACGGGCUCCUUCGGUACCAGGGACCGGACUUGCAAUGUCACCUCCCACGGCAUCGAUGGCUGCGACUUGCUGUGCUGCGGCCGCGGCCACAACACGAGGACGGAGAAGCGGAAGGAGAAGUGCCACUGCAUCUUCCACUGGUGCUGCUACGUGAGCUGCCAGGAGUGCGUCCGCAUCUACGAUGUGCACACCUGCAAGUAGGGAGCCAGGGUGCUGGGCGCGGUGAAGUGUGGCUGGGCAGAUUCACUGAGUCCCGCCGGGAGCAGGACCUCAGCGGGCCUCGGCCCUCGGCAUCGGACAGCAAGGAACCCGGACUGUUGCCAGAUGCACGUGUGGUAAAUAACCUGGACCCAACCCGCCUGCCGACCGGGAGGCCUCCCUCCCUCCCUCCUCUUCAGUUUCUCACCCUACUCUGGAUGGUGUGUGGUUUUCAAAGAAGGGGCUUUCUUUUUACUUCUCUAGGGUCUGAUAGGAGCAGACCUGAGGCUUAUCUUUGCACAUGUGAAAGAAAAUAAAAAUGGAAAAAAAUUUCUACUCCAACACAACAGGCUGGGCUGACGUGAGCUGUGCCUGGUGGUCAAGGUAUCAGCCCCGGCAAGACCCCGGUUCUGAUAGAACGGCUCCCACGGGCGUGUCCCAGGGCGCCUGCGCGGCGGGAGUUCUGAGGCAGGACACCCCUGCAGUCUCCUUUUCUCUGUCUACUCCCACUCCAAUCUGAUACACUUCCACGAUCUGAUAAAAGCCAUAGGUUGAGCUAGGAUAAAGAGGUAGGGAGGCCCAAGGCGAUUGUCAGAGUAGGGUUUGCAGUUUUGAAGAACUAGGAGUUCUAGCUGUCCUGGUAAGCUGUUUGAAGAGCGGCUGUGUGUUCUCAGCCUCAUUUUCUCUGUAACCCUGUUCUGCACGAGGGGCUCUUGUGAACUGCAGUCAGAUCUCAAAACCCUUUUCUACCCUCUUCUGCAGUUUCCACCAUUAAUGCAGUACUCAUGUGUGUGUCUAGUCGACUUUGUAAAUAGGUUGUGUAAGGGGGAGGGCAGCAAGGCCUCUCCAGCCUGUGGCUUCCGAAAGAAAGGAGUGGUGUCUCUGGAGGGGCCGCACCGUCCCUCCCAGCCCUGCUCACCUGCAGAACCUCCAUCAGAACAACACCAGGGGCACAGCUGGACUCUAGGUCGCCUCAGGGUGAGUUAGACAAAGGGCCAGUGAGAGGGUAGCAAUCUAUUCCUGAAGUUCCAGUUUCGAGACUAGUGUUGUAGAUGGGGAGGGUAAAAAUGAUCCUUCCAUUUCCCCUCCAGUAAGGACACGUCUCCCUGCUUCCUCUCCUCCCUCUGGCCUGUGUGAGGGAACAGAAACACAGGGUUCUGUAACGUGGGUCUUCCGGCCUCACCUGCAUGCUGAUAAGUAGCAUCCCCCCGUGCAGCUACCGAGGAUCAGGGUCAGGUGUUUAAAGCGGAGCGAGCAGUCACCUGCUCCCGGGGAAAGAGCGCCUCACAGCCGAGUUCUUGGUCCACAGCGAGUGGUUCUCUAGAGUGUCCUAGAGGAAGCUGGCAACACGGGCGAACGAAUCUGACAGGAUGGGCUGAGCUCAGCUCUGUCCAAGGAGCAUCAGAGAGAGAUGCAGCAGGGUGGAGCACAGAACACAGUCUUCUCUUCCUUUCCUCCCUUCUUUCUUCGGUCUACCGAACACCGGCCUGAGAUACUGGGCCAGGCGCUCUUCCUGCUCGCUCAGGCGGGUUUGCCGAGACACCCGUCUAGAAGCCAUGCCUGCACUCUCGAGUCUGCUGGGGGUGAGCCCUGCUAGAGAUACACGUCCCCUCCUCUCCCCUCCCCUCCCCGGAGUCUGAAAUGCACCCCUCAUCUCACCUUAGACUGGAAAGUUUUAAAUCAUGUCAACCAGAUAAUGCUUGCUUUAUGUGAGAAUUAUUUCAGCAGAAUGGAUACAAAUUUCCAAAAAGUCUUUUCAUAUCUCUGUAUUCUAUAUUAAAAGUGAUAAAGUCAUGUUUUGGGGCGUAUUCAAGUAGCUGACAAGUAAUUAUUUAAUAACAGUACAUCGAGUGCGUUGUAAUUAUUCUCGCCGUAGUCAGGGAAUAGCAUCCAAUGGAAAUUUCCUACCAACCUGCUGUAUCCAAAGUUUUGUAAAAAGUUGUAGAAGUUGUUGAUCUUUUUGAUUUUAUAUCCAAAAAGUCUCUUUUUAUAAAUAUUAUUUAUUAUACAAUGUAUAUACCUUUGAGUUAACUAAGAUUAUAUAUUAUAUAAAUAUAUAUAUAUUUGGAGAAACUAUAUUUCAUCAUGCAGUUUUUUUCUGUUAAGUCAUUAAAGAGAAGGUAAAAAACUUAAAAAACGGAUACAUUGUACAGUGUGUGGAGUUUCCGGAUUAACGCGCAGGAGGCCAAGAAUAUCAGGAUCUGAAUGUGGUAGCUUCAACUUUCACGCUUCAAUUAGUGGCCCAAACUCAGUUCAUUUCCUCUGUUCGCUAAGCAAGAUCAUCUGAGACAUCAUGGCCAUAGGUCUGAUCUACUCCAGGACUUUCUUACAGGCUUACUUUUUUCUAAAACAACUUCUAACAAAGCAUUUCUAGUUUUAAAAAUAAGCAAUUUGGGCAGUAACUGAUUUCACAGACUCCAGCAUUCCCAGUGCACAAAUUAACGUCACAGACACUCAGAGACGUGGCUCAAGGCCAGCAGACCACAGUGUUGGCCACUGACUUAGUCCCUUCCUACCCUUGUUUUCAACUCUGUGUACUGGGAACACAGGAUUCACUCUACUAAAAACAAACCUGACUGCAGUGGCUCUCCCUGACUAGCUCUGCUUGGGAGCUAAGUACAGAAGGGUAGGCGGGUCAGGAGAGGCGGUGCACCCAGAGCUCUGGGCAGGAAGGACCCACGAGUGGGCAUGCUCUAGAUUCUAGAAAAAAGCAUGCUCUCCUCGGACUGCAGUUUCAAAGGGACUCACCUGAAGCUCACAGGUAAUGCUUUCUCAACAAUGAGAUGCUGCAACUUGGUUUUAUGACGAGAGAUAUAAGAUGUCUUCAGACCUACCCAUACAAUGCCAUUUUCAGUUUACGUGGCACGGUAAAAAUGUUUUUCUUCCCUUCCCUUGAUUUCCCUUUAUUAGGGACAAAUCUUACUUCUUUCAUUUCACAAAAAGAAGGUAACAGAGCAAUAACGCGGUCUGCCUGGUGCGGUGGAGACGGGCUGCCAGCGCUCCCUGCAGACCCCUGACCUCAGACUGGGAAAGGAUCCUAGAAAGUCACCAACUUCACUCUGCCCACAGCGUGUCUUUAGUUAGUCCCCAAAGAGCUUAAACCACAGAAAUGGCUCUGUCGGCUGUGCCGGGAGUCAGACACGGAGAGGACGCGACUCGGCUGCACAUCCUGCCUGCAGUGCUGUGUGUGAGUCUGGCUUUUAUGUCAGACUAACGCGCGUCCACCCCAGCGCUCUGGGUGCUUCCUUUUUUUACCCUAUGAGACUGCCAAGCAUUCAAACAGUCCCUACUCAUACUUACCAAGGCCAUUUAUGAUCCUCUCCCUGAGUAAUCACAUUCUAUGAUUAAAGAGAGUACAGUUUAUAGCAGUGCUUGAACAUUUCGCUCUCGGUAAGCAUAAAUACUAAUAAACAUCUAAAAACAUGAGGAAGUUUAAAAAAAUCCAAAAGGAAGAAAAGAGACACUAUGAUAAGAAGAUACUAACCAAACCAGUAUUAUUUCAGGAGAGAAGGGGGUGUGUGGGGGAGAGUGUUCAAGGGUGAGAGGCUGGGGUGCGAAUAAAGGCAGAAUGAAGGGUCAGGAGAAAGCGGGGAGAAGCAAGGGAAGAGGUGAGGGAGGGGGCUAUCCUAGGUGUCUCCGGGGUGAUUUCCAGUGAGCCGGCGGGGCACCCGUGCAGGCCUUGGUCCGUGGACAUGUACGUGCACGGCUGAUGCACACGCACCCAAGUGAAGAAGUUCUUUCAGCACAACGAUAGCCACCAUACUGCCAUCGUUUCUCCUGGCUUAACAGAGAACUUUCUAGAAGGCACAGAAUGAUCUACCCAUUGGUUUUAAACUCCCAAAGCAGUGAGACAAAGGCAAUUGUGUGGAGGCUGUCCUGGGAAAUUUCAAAUGUGAGCCCUUGCAACUUCUGUCUUCCCCACUUGGGGAUGUGCAGAUCACAGCGCCACCUCCGUCCGCAUCUCAGCGCCCCGGCGCCCACACACACGCCCCGUGGGCUCGCGCCAGCCCGGGCCUCAGCACUACUUGCUGGCUGAUGAGAAACUUUAGGGCAUCAUCGUGCAGGGACUUCUGAAAUCACAUGCUUUUUUGAACCCUGUUACACACUCUUCUCCGUCCCUUCUCUGAAAAGGCACAUGGACUGAGCUGCCAGGCAAGGAGAAGGAAAUCUUGCCUUCCCCUUCUGUGUCUGGGCUGGGGUGGCUGGUCACAGCUGACUCCAUGCCCCCUCGAGUCUGUUUACCAGGGUUUGAUUAUGAUACACACUUGGA